AGCGUUUUAACGCGCGUGCCCACGCUUUGCGUUUCUAAGGUUGAGGGUAAGAGGAUGUAAGGUGCUUGCGGGGUAGACCAGCAGGCUCGAUCGAAAGUUUGAGGGGGAACUUUUGACAUUUCUCUUUCUUGUGUUUCGUGUUAUUUAUGUGUUGCUUCAUAUGUUUUCGUUUUUCAACAGGCAAAUUACAGACAAUGGCGGGCGAACAGGUGUGUGGUUUAAAAAAAAUUAAUAAAUUAAUGUGGACCCAGGAGUUAGUGGAGUUGUUGAUAACGAAAUAUCAACAAUAUGAAUUUUUGUACAAUACUUCACACCCUCAUUAUGCAGAUAGGGUAAAAAGAUCAAAUGCCUUAUUUGAAAUCUGCAAGGAAUUAAAGGAGGUGGAUAAUAAUAUAUCAGAGGAAUGUAUAAAAAAGAAAAUACACACAUUGCGCUCACAAUAUGUCAAGGAGCUCCAAAAAGUUUCCUGUAGCAAAAAGAGUGGUGCUGGUGCCGAUGAUAUUUAUGAACCAAAACUUUGGUGUUAUUCGCAGCUGCAAUUUUUAAAGUCUUUUUGCUCUGUUCGUGAUGGGGAGUCAAAUAUUCCGCAAACAGAGAACCUGGCCACAACUACAGAGGAGUUAUACCUGUCGAUACCUUCUCCAAAAGCAAGUCCAUCUUUAUCCAGUCCAUCUUUACUCAGUCCAUCAGAAAAUCAUGUUCCAAGGAAAAGACAAAGACAAACAAAACCAGUAAAACUUGAUGGGAUUCGAGAAAAAAUAUUUAGGAAAUUGGAUAAUGAACCAAAAUUUGACUGGCUCGGCAAGGAAGUAGUGGCGCAGCUGAACUACAUCAAAAACGAAAAAAUUCAGCAAAGGACAAUAUGGAAAAUCCAAGAUGCGCUAAGAGAAGGAAUAAUGGAGGAUGAGAAGAGUGAUGACGCCAAUUCAGAAGACUAUUCAGCAUGCUCUUCACAUGUAGAAGAAUUAGACUCCACAAGUACUACUUCCAGCCCAAUGCCCAGAACCCCAGACAUAUUACAACUGUCUAUAGAUCGACUGUUUGAUGAUGAAAGCAACAAUUAUUUUAAGUUUUAAUAUUAUAUACAAUUUCAAAAUUUAAAUGAAUAAAAAAAAAUUGUAACACAAAACUUAACCAAAAUAAAAACCUUUAAAUAUUUGUCUUUGAAACAA